AUGAAGGCAACAAGAAAAGCUUCAGUAAAGAAACAGGCAGAGGAGAAGAAGAAGCCAGUUGAAUCGACCACCACAGCCACUACCACCACCACCACUACUACCACUCCACAACAAAAGGCUACUAUCCUUGACACUGAUCUUGCCAAGAAAGCCAUUCACGCCUUGUACCAACAUAAAGAAUCGCAAUCGAGCAACGACCUUUUGGAAUCGACUUCUUACCUCCAUGGCAGCAUCACUGUAAAGACCCUCAAGGCAGUAAAAGCACGAUCGCUCAAGCCUUUUGUCUUUACGGUAAAACACUCGCCGUUCCCUUCUGACGCUGAAGUUUGCUUGAUUGUACAAGAAGACAAACCCGUGUAUGAAAAGGCACUUCGUCAAGAAGAUAUGAAAAAUGUCAAGGUAUACACCCUCAAGGAACUGAGCGACUCAUACAAACGCUACGAAGCAAAGAGAAAAUUAGCAGCAUCGUUCGACGUAUUCCUUGUGGACAGAAGAAUCAUUUCGUUCAUACCAAAAUUGUUUGGCAAAACUUUUGCUGACAGAAACAAGAUGCCAAGACCCGUUGCAUUGGAGCGAAAAGCAUGGUUAAACACUAUCAAGCGUACUCUUUGCAGCGUAACCUUCCAUGAUAACAAUGGACCAGUAAAGUCUUUCAAGUUCAGUCAUAUGGGUCUCGGUGAAGAAGAGGCUUACGAGAAUCUUGCUGAAGCAUUACCACAAAUCCUUUCAAAGAUUCCCGGUGGAGAGCGGAAUGUCCAGGAACUUGGUUUGAGAAUGGACCAAGGUAUCACUUUGCCCAUCUACAAUUCGCUUCCAAGCAAUUAA